AGAAUCUCUAAAUACAUUCUUUGUACUCAUACUGCAAUAUAAACACUGGUGGCUCUCCCACUUCACAUAACUUUCUCACGGUGAGAUUCUCCCUCUGGCCACAAGACACUUCCUGCUCAGAGCUACCAUAGUCUUUUAAGACUGCAUCAAAAAUGCAAGCUCCAUCAGUGGUCGUUGUGACUCAGCCUGGGUGUGGUCCUUCAGCCCAAACCUCCAACUGGCACACUGGCCUGUGUGAUUGCUUCACUGACUGCGAAGUCUGUCUUUGUGGCGUAUUUUGCCCCACGUGCCUUGCAUGUCAAGUUGCAGGUGACAUGAAUGAAUGCUGUCUGUGUGGAACAAGUGUCGCAAUGAGGACCCUCUACCGGACUCGAUAUGGCAUCCCUGGAUCCCUCUGUGAUGACUAUUUGGUGACCAAUUGCUGUCUUCCGUGUUCUCUUUGCCAAAUAAAGAGAGACAUCAAAAGAAGGAUAGCCAUGCGUACUUUCUAAACAGCUAAUGGCAGAUAGCUCCUAUUGAAGCAACUAAAUCAGCAGACACCUCUUCAGCUUGAGCACGUCUCCACCUCUUGCAGCUGAAAUAUGAUGAACAAGUGUCAUCACAAUUGAUGGGAGAAAAAUCAAAUCUUUCCUUUUUUUAAUGGAUGCUGUCCCUCAGUUGUGCUAAAUGGCCCACCUUAGCUUUCCUUAACUUUCAUACUAUCAAAUUUUCUGGCUUAUAAAUUUUGAAGACUACAUUUGAAGUAUAAACCGAAUAAAAGAUUUUGCUGACAAGA